UGGGUGAAUGCUAAAGAACUAUAGAGCCACAAAUAAUAGCACAAGCAGAGUCCAUAACUUGGAAGACUUACUUAUCCUUUAAGCCUCUUUCAGCCAACACAACAUUUUUUUCUUCCACUUAAUGACGCUUAAUUUCAUUUCUUAUCGGAUCUUGUAGGGGAUUAUUCAUUCAUAUAAAACAAUCUGCAGCUGCUGCCACUCCAAACUCUCCCUCCUUUUGACUAAAGUCAUAUAUUAUUGAGCGAAAGGCCGUGCGUGGAAAGUGUGUGCAAGACGAUGGAUUUGAAGUAGAAUUGGUUGCAAUCGAUCAAGGGUGAAGAAUAUUCCUGAUGGUAACAAAGGAAGCAGCUAUGUCUUUCUCGCAGUUUGGAUAUCCUUACAAUGCAACUUCACAGUUUUUCGUGUCGGCAAACCCCAGUACGACUUGCUGCGAUUCGAUUUCCAGGUCGGUCUCUGACGGGACAGGCAGCUCUCAGACCGCCGCCGCUGCUGCCUCUUUCUGCUGCCCCUCCUAUGAGAACCGGCUCCUGGCGAGCAGCCGGACGGAGCUGAACGCUGCGCUGGGGAUGUACGGCUCUCCCUACGCCGCUGCGGCUGCAGCCAGCCAGAACUACGCCAGCUACUUCCCCUAUAGCACCGACCCAUCCGCUAUCUACUCCACUCUGAAUCCACAGUAUGACAUUAAGGACAGCACAGGCACUUUACACUCUGGCAUUGCUCAAACCGCUGCUUACUAUCCUUAUGAUCAUUCACUGGGACAGUAUCAGUAUGACAGAUACGGGACGGUGGACUUUAACGGCACAGCUCGAAGAAAGAACGCCACACGUGAAACCACCAGCACACUGAAAACCUGGCUGUAUGAGCACCGCAAGAACCCCUACCCCACUAAGGGGGAGAAGAUCAUGCUGGCCAUAAUUACCAAGAUGACCCUCACCCAGGUCUCCACCUGGUUCGCCAACGCCAGGAGGAGGCUAAAGAAGGAGAACAAGAUGACCUGGUCACCAAAGAAUAAGGCCAAUGAUGACAGAAAGGAUGAUUUUAAUAAGAGUGACCAAGACUGUGUCACUAAAGAUUCCAGUGACUGCAAGGAAGAGAAAGAGUUGCACCUGAGUGACCUGGAGGACAUGGAUGAGGACGAUUGUGACAAGCUGGACAGCGACUGUGAAAAGGUGGCGGCAGAUGACCAGGACCUGCAGAGAUCCAUGGUCGCGUCUGGAGCUCCUCCAAAAAGAGACUGCAGCUCCGAGCUUCACCUGAGCUUGACAAACAGCUUCCACGCAUUCCCCUGCGCCAUCAAAGGCGUCACCGCUCUUCCCCCUCUCCCGUCGGACUUUAUGGAUCCUGUUGUGUCCAAAGCAAUCCCUGGAAGUGUCCCGUCAGCGGGAACAGUGUCGCUGUCUCAUUUCGAAUCACCGGACAAGCCGCGGAUUUGGUCCUUGGCCCGUACCGCAGCUUCGGAGGUCAUACUAAGCCCUCAGCAGCAUGGCUCGGAGCUUAGGACAGGAAGCCUAACGGGGGACUGUCAACUACAGAGCAACAGACUUAAUGUGGUUCCCACUGGACAAUGUGAGGCCACAAGAGGCCUGCACGACUCUAACAGUGUCACAACUUCAGAGAGCUCUUUCUCUGAUGGCUCAUCCUUGCACUCAAAGGUUUAUGGCACAAGCAGUUACAGCCACAAGGGCCUCCAACUUCACAGCUCAUCCUAUGCUGCCCUUCCAGACACCUGUCAGUACACAGCAAUUGAAGGACACGCAGGAUUCUCUGGUGGCAAGGUGGAGAUUCAGUCGUCUGACCUCGGCGAAGCCUGUGGGACUGUGCAGAGCAACAAGGUCACCGCGUUCAGACCAGUCAUGAAGAGGUGAAGCAGAUUCCUGCCGCUUGUCCAACAGCAGCUAAACGGGACAUUUAUUAUGCACUAAAAGACACUCCGGCCAAGUAUGAGUUGCCUGGCUCUGCUGGAGUGACAACUGUCAAACUGUGGACUCGACUAUCAUUUUGCACAACACUGUUUUUAUGACGAUACAAAAGACUUUAUGCAAAAAAAAAAAAAAAAGAUUUCUAGAUUCAAGUGUACGAGCAAUGGCCCAUAACGAAACGGGCUGAAUUUGUGUAUGGCAAUCGUGUAGUGUAGCAUAAAUUAUUAAUUUCUCUGUGUAUUUAUCAGUCUGGUUGUGUCGACCAUUUUUGCUUGUUACUAUUUAUUAUGUUUAAUGUUCAUAUUGGUCUUAUUUACCUUUUUUUAUUGUGCGUUUUGUGUCAUUUUUGCCUGAUGAAGAGGAAAACUUCCUGGAAAUACAGAUUAUAAAGGAUUGGAUCUGCUGUUUUGCGUGUAAAUUUAGAUGUUUUUUUUUUAUUAUUAUUUGUGUUGUUGUGUUGAAAUGUACGCCCUCCCUCUGUUUGCCAUUCAGGACAUUUUCUAAUACAUGUUAUUUUUUUUCCAACAAAUCAUGCCUUCCAUUAUUUACAGAGAUGAGCACCCAUUAGGCCAAUUAAAAAACAUUUUCAGUUA